AUGUCGGAGCGUCGCGGAGUCCUGACGCUCCUAGGACCCAACUGGUCCACCGGGCCGGGACCAAGACCAUCCACCGAACCGGGACCAGGAUGGUCCGCGGGGACUCCAGACCAACCGUUGCGUGUCGUCGCCAUCAACGACUUUCCGUACAUCUCCGUAGAACAGCGGCCUGAUGGCUCAGUCACUUUCAGCGGCUACCUGUUCCAGUUGUGGCAAAUCAUCGCCGAAGAGCUGGGCCUCAGCUAUGAGAUGGCGAUUCCCCUCGUCCCCGGCUACGGCAGCUUGAGCGACAACGGCACCUGGAUGGGCAUGGUGGGAGACCUGGCUUACGGACGCGCCGACCUAGCGCUGGCGACGCUGGUCUCCACUCCUGCUCGAGCUGCCGUGGUCGACUUUCUGGACGAGGUACCGUGCGCGUCGGCGACAUCCACGUUCCUGAUACGGCGCGACACGGCGGUGACGCCGCCCCUGUCUUCGGCUGUGUUCGCGGGCCUGCUGCGGCCGCUGGGCGCCGACGUCUGGUGGACACUGGCCGCCGCGCUGCUGGCGCUCUCGCUGGUGCUGCGCCUCUCGCUGCGGUUCAACAGCGCCAGAGCCGAGGACGGCCGGCUGGUGCGCGACAUGGGCUGGGGAUCGUGUCUGCUCGCUGUUUCCAUGACCGUGGUCGGUCAAGGCUGGGACAGAACACCACAGUCGCUGGCAGGUCGCAUCGCAACCAUCUUCAGCUGGUUCAUGGGAUUUCUGAUCUACAUGAACUACACGGCCAACUUGAUAUCAUUCCUGACCGUGGAGACAUCUGCCGGUGACCCAGCUGGGGCGCUGGUGGCCGCCGCUCGUGGCUCGUGGGGUAAGUGA